AUGACGACAUGCAAAGGUGCUACUACUCCUAUGCCUAACACCGACAAGCUCUCUGUUACUAUUGGGGAUCCGUUAGGUCCCGAGGAGGCCACCAAAUACAUAAGCACUAUUGGGGCGCUUCAGUACCUUGUUCUCACACGGCCUGAUAUAGCUUAUUCUGUUAACAAGGUGUGUCAAUUCCUGCACUGUCCUACCAACGUACACUGGACGGCGAUGAAACGGAUACUUCCGUAUCUUAAUCACACUGCAACAAUUGGUAUGAAGAUUUAUAGGUCUGCCUCCACCUUGGUGGGUACCUUUCCCGACGUUAAUUGGGUGGGAUGUCAGGAUGAUAGGAGGUCUACAGUGAACCCUGUCUUCCAUGCCAAGACCAAGCACAUUGAAGUGGAUUUCCAUUUCGUCCGAGAUCGAGUUACAUGCAAGGUUCUUGACAUUUGA